UUAGUUUGCUAGCAUAGUUGCAUUCCCUCAUCCAAUCCAAAACCAAAUCGACACAACAGAUCGGAAUCUAUUGCGUAAGGAGCAAUUAUCCCAACAAACAUUGUAACGCCAAUCUCCAAAACCUAUCUCAUCGGAAUCUCCAAAAAAACACAGACAAUAGAAUGGACGACAAAACGCAGUCCGAGAGUAAGAAAAACGACGACGACGAAGUUACGCAAACACGACAAGACCCUAAACCGUCGUCGGGCGGGUGGGGUUUUUCUCUCUCGUUUCUCUCCGAUCUUCAGAAAGCCGCCGCUGUUGCCGCCGAAGAGAUCUCUCGCAAUGCUGCUGUAGUUGCCCAGACAGCAUCAAAGAGCAUUGCGGAGUUGCAAAAUGGUGAUGAAAGUUCAGAAUCUUCCAAAGAGGAUGAAGGAUCUGCAGCUGUCAAAUCUGGGGAGGAAAGUGAUGAUGAGGAUGAGAAACGGCGAAAAUCUGCUCUUGAUAAAUUGGAGAAAGCUAGUGAAGAUUCACUGCUUAGUCAGGGUUUGAAGGUUUUUGAUAGCUCUGUGGAGACUUUUGCUUCUGGGGCUUGGAGUGCUUUAGGAAAUGCAUGGAGAGGGAGCACUGAUUUUGUUCAACGGCUCGAGAAUUCUGCUUCAAACCUUUCAGGAUCUGCACAGCAUGAUGGGCCAGGGGCUGCUGGUUCUAAUGCAUCUUCUCUAUUAGAGACAGGAAAAGCUUUUACUGCAAAGGGAAUGCAAGUGCUUGAGUAUGUUGGUAAGGAGACGAUGGACCUAUUAAUUAGUGAAACUGGAAUUGAGGUUGAAAAGGAUAAAAAGGAAGGUGAAGAACAAAAUGAUGAGGAUCAAUUAUUAGAAGAAGUGACUUUUGAUCGAUGCUUUUACAUUUAUGGAGGUCCUGAGCAAUUGGAGGAACUGGAGGCAUUAUCUAGUCAUUAUGCCUUGUUAUUUAACCGAAGAAAAGCAAAGUUAUCAGCUGAGCAAAAGUCUGUGUAUGAUGGGAAGCUUAAAGAGGUUCAACAAAUUUUUAAUUUGAGUACUGAAGUUGAUAGAAGCAAUGCUGAUUCAAACAAAGGAAAGACAAUAAAGACAGGAAAUGAGGGAAGCAGUGAUGAGAUGAAGAAUUUACAUGAUUCAAGUGUUGGCAAGGCUGCGGAAAUGGCUGCAGGUUUCACUAAUGCCUUGACUGGACUAGCUGCUAAUGAUAUAAUUCAGAGAACUACAGCAAGAUUGGAUUCUCUCCAUUCUGAGGGAGUUCAUAGACUAUCUGAAAUGUGCUGUUUUGCUGUGUCUCAAAUUCUUAUGUUCGGCAAAUCCAUCAUUUCUCGUGCCAACAAAACUGAGGAUGAAGCUGAUGAUGAUAAGAUGAACAUGGAAUGGCCUGAAGACGUUUCUGCAAAAGCUAAUAUCAUAAGAAUAAAUGCUCAAACAAUGAUAGGAUACGUGGAAGCAGUUUCCAACAGCUUUAUUACAGGCAUAUCUGAUGUAACUGAGGCCUAUCAAGCUUCCAUUAAAGCUGCGGCUGAGUCUCACUCUGUUGUUCCCCAAACAACAGUUCAGGAAAAAGCCAGUGCCUUCUCUGAGCACCUUCGAGCUGAUCAAGCCACAGCGAUAUGCAAAAUCCAGGACGGGGUGCAAUUUUUAGCUCACGUUCUCAUUUCAACCUCAAUGAAUGCUGCUUGAACACCUAAUGUUCCUAUCUGUAAAUAAAUAGUCACAGUUUAAUUAGUAAAGUGAUACCACUCAACUAUGCUUUAGUUUAUGUCAACCGUGCAUUAUUGAACCUUACUUUGUCUUACACUCAUAGUUUGAUCUGGGGGGCAUAUUUGUUGUGUUUCAUUGAUUCGUGCACCCAUUUUAUUCUUUAAAUCCCUCAAUCCAGUCAGUUCAAAUAUAAAUAUAUUUUAGAUGUGCACA